GGGGGGGGGGGAAUGUGGGGGGGUUCCCCCCGGCCCCGAAGUUCACGGCUCCGCCGGGAGCCCCGCGCCGCAGAGCUCCCUCCCGGUGCAGCCUGCUAAUGAACUCUCCCUUUGCCCUGACCAUGAAAGAGAGAGGAGACCUCCGGUAGCAGCAUGGCUUGCAGCUGAAAGCUUUGGGAACUUGAUGCUCAGCUGCCAAAAGGCAGAGCCAGACAGAAGUCCCCACCCAUGAGCGCAUCGCCACUGCUGCAGGACACAGAGGGGGAAGCGGCAGGGCCAGCGCUGCUCCUGUCAACCCACUGACCACCCAGCACCCUACUGGGACCACUGCGGAUCUUGCCACCUGGUGUGCUUACGUUGACACAACCAUCCUCUGGGAGAAAGGAAUUUCAGCUCCAAAGAGUCUCUCUUGUCAGAGUUGUACUGAUGACCAGAUGCUAUAUUUAUUUUAUCUGUUAAUGUUCCAAAGCCCCAAUAAUUAUUUAAGGCAGACCACAGUUUAAGGCACUUUUCACAGCGACGCAUUUGCAGCAGACAAAGUUGAGGAAAACCUGAUCCAGCACCAUCUCACGGCCUCUCCAAUUUACUCCUAUCAAAUUUCAUCAGCGACUCAGAACUUGAUCUUUCUAUUGAUUGACUGGAGUCACCUCUAGAUAUUUUCAUGCUGAUUUGGAAGCCCUUUCAAUACAAUAAAAGGGGGGGGGAAAAAUGAGAUUAAGGAAGACUUUUGACCACUGAUCAGCAACUCCGGCCAAAACUUUCCCAAUCAAGUGAUUUGCAAAUUUGGCUUCUGUGCCAAGGGAAACCUUCCACAUCCAAAUACAGCGUGCAGAGUGGGAUCACUGCUGUUAUCGUCUGGAUCUCCUUUGAGUGGAUCAUUUUUAGAUGAGGAGUUUCCAUGCUGAUCCCGAGAGCAACCCCUAGCCCAGUAGCUGCCUUCCUCGGGACUCUCGGCACUGCCCUCGCCCAGGGGUCCCGCACUUGGCCGCAGCUGCCAUGCUCUACCUGGUUGCUCUCCUCUUGCACUGUCUCCCCUUGGCCAUGGGACAGUAUGACAUUUGCAAGUCCUGGGUGACCACGGACGAUGGCCCGUCAUGGGAGUUUUAUGCUUGUCAACCCAAGGCCAUGCGGAUGAAGGAUUAUGUGACAGUACGGGUGGAUCCAGCAGGAAUCACUUGUGGGGACCCACCGGAGAGGUUCUGCACCCAUGAGAACCCGUACCUGUGCAGCGACGAGUGCGACGCCUCCAACCCAGACCUGGCCCACCCGCCGAAACUCAUGUUCGACAGCGAGGACGAAGGGCUGGCCACGUACUGGCAGAGCGUGACGUGGCGCCGGUACCCGGAGCCGCUGCUGGCCAACAUCACGCUGUCCUGGAACAAGAGCAUCGAGCUGACAGAUGACAUCGUGAUAACCUUUGAGUACGGGCGACCCACCAUCAUGAUGCUGGAGAAGUCGCUGGACAACGGGAGGACUUGGCACCCGUACCAAUAUUACGCAGAUGACUGCAUGGAGGCCUUCAGCAUGCCAGCACGGAGGGUCCGGGACCUCUCCACCACCAGUGCCAACAGGGUCCUCUGCACAGAGGAGUAUUCCCGCUGGGCGGGCUCCAAAAAAGAGAAGACUGUCCGGUUCGAGGUGAGGGACCGCUUUGCCAUCUUUGCUGGCCCUGACCUCAAGAACAUGGACAACUUAUACACCCGGCUGGAGAGCGCCAAAGGGCUCAAGGACUUCUUUACCGUGACCGACCUGCGGAUGAGACUGCUGAGACCAGCCCUGGGAGGCACCUACGUGCAGAGGGAGAACUUGUACAAAUACUUCUAUGCCGUCUCCAACAUUGAAGUCACCGGCAGGUGUAAAUGCAACCUCCAUGCUAACCUGUGCACCUUCAAAGAGGGCAGCCUUCAGUGCGAGUGCGAGCACAACACCACGGGGCAGGACUGUGGCAAGUGCAAGAAGAACUUUCGCUCCAGGUCUUGGCGAGCAGGAUCCUACCUGCCUCUCCCCAACGGGUCCCCCAAUGCAUGUGCAGCUGCAGGCUCAGCCUUUGGCAACUACACCGGCUUGUCAGCGGCUGCCCCCCUUCAAGUGGGCAAGGCUGGCCCAGGAGCAGAAGCUGUUCAGCAUCCACCAAACACAGCAGCACUUGGACCCAAGAUGAAGCCACGGGAUCCUCCUGAGAACAUUCAAGCAGCUCUGAAGAGCAAAGCAGGGCACACAGCACACUCUGCAGGCAAGAGGCAUGGGAAGAAGCCAGCAUCCUCAAAGAGCUCAAAACUCAUCCGGCUCAAACCAGACUCUGGCCCAGUGGCUCCUAUUGAAACAUAUAAAGACUGCGAAUGCUACGGCCACUCCAACCGCUGCAGCUACAUCGACUUCCUGAACGUGGUGACCUGCGUGAGCUGCAAGCACAACACGAGGGGCCAGCACUGCCAGCACUGCCGCCUGGGCUUCUACCGCAACAGCUCGGCGGAGCUGGAUGAUGAGAAUGUAUGCAUAGAAUGUAACUGCAACCAGAUCGGCUCCAUGCACGACCGCUGCAACGAGACCGGCUACUGUGAAUGCAAAGAAGGUGCCAUGGGGCCCAAGUGCGAUGACUGCCUGCCCAACUACUACUGGAGACAGGGCUGCUUCCCCAACGUCUGCGAUGACGAGCUCCUGCUCUGCCAGAACGGCGGCACCUGCUACCAGAACCAGCGCUGUGUCUGCCCCGUGGGCUUCAAGGGGGUCCUGUGCCAGCAAUCCCGGUGCGAAGCUGACAAAAAGGACUGCAACGGUGGCCCCAGCGCGCGCGGCAGCCUCGGCACCAUCCUCCUUGGAGUGCUCGCCCUCCAGCUGCGCGGCCGGGUGGACCUCUGAAGCUGCAGAGGAGGGAGCCCAGCCCAGGCACGUCACCCGAGGGACCUGGGGAGACUAAGGUAACGGAUGGCUCUCCCCACCGUCUCCUCCGCCUUCCUUCACACUAGGACUUGCACAACGUCUUUCGGUCCACUUUCCAAGCAGAGAGGUAUGCAGAAAAUCAGGGGCUGACUCCUGCCACCAAACCCAUCCCGGCAGCAGCCGGGGUGGCCGCAGCGCAGAGCCGGCUGCCGAGCAGCAGCGCGGGGACGGCACCAGCCUGUGCCAGGGCCGCGGUCCCACAGCCCACUGGGGACACGGGGCCCACGGAGCCCACCCUUCCCUCCGUGCAGUGACUUUCCUUCCCUGCUCCACACAGGGCGACCUGGGGCCGGGGCCACCGGGGCCCUGAUGACAUAGUGCCGCAAUCUAAGGGAUAUUUUUUUUAUUAUUACUUUAUUUACUUUGAUAUAGGCUGGGGUGUUCUUAUUUUUCCUCUUCUUAGUGUCCUGUUUUGGAAGAGCCUGUCAUGACAACUCCAGAGCCCCGUAACACAACAGGCAGGGGAAGGGGAGGGAGGGAAGGGGGGACUCUGGUCCAUCCGUGCUGCAUAGUCCCACGUCCCACCAUUGGCCUGGCCUGGCCGCACACAUACUGUUGCCUACAACUCUAGUUGCUGCAUUGAUUUUGUAUUUUCAUUGUUGGGUUUUGUUUUCUUGCACUUACAGAGAACGCAGGGGCCAUUAGGCAUAUGGUACGUGAGGAGUGCAGUGUCUUAUCCACACAUGUCCGUAGAGUGUACGGUUCAAAUACUUUUUUUGGUAGAGACUUAUUUUUGUUUGGAUUAAAUGUUAUAGAAGAACCACAACUUAAAGGGACAUUUUGCCAUGAGCAUUUGAUUCUGGUGUAUCCUCCUCCAGUAAAGCAACUAUUAAUGGCUGCUUGAUCA